AACGGUCGUCGGAAGGGCGGUGUGCGCAGGCGCGGCGCUGACAGCCGCACUCUACCUGAUCCGCAGAGUGUGUUUAAUAAUGGCCUGGAAAUCCGGAGGAGCGAGCCACGCAGAGCUCGUCAACAACCUCCGCAAGAAUGGGAUCAUUAAAUCAGACCGCGUAUAUGAAGUUAUGUUGGCCACAGACCGUUCCCAUUUCUCCAGAUGUAAUCCAUAUAUGGACUCGCCACAAUCUAUAGGUUAUCAAGCAACAAUCAGUGCACCACAUAUGCAUGCUUAUGCACUAGAGCUCCUCCAUGACCACCUCUAUGAAGGAGCAAAGGCUCUGGAUGUGGGAUCGGGCUCCGGGAUCCUCUCCGUCUGCUUUUCCAGAAUGGUUGGGCCGACAGGGAAGGUGAUUGGCAUCGACCAUAUAAAGGAGCUGGUGGAAGACUCUAUAGCUAAUGUAAAGAAAGAUGACCCUAGUUUGAUCACUUCAGGGAGAAUCAAACUCAUCGUUGGAGAUGGAAGAAUGGGUUUUACAGAAGAAGCCCCUUAUGACGCCAUACAUGUCGGAGCCGCAGCUCCCACAGUGCCACAAGCAUUGUUGGAUCAGCUGAAGCCAGGCGGACGUCUGAUUCUGCCCGUCGGGCCGGCAGGAGGAAACCAGAUGCUGGAGCAGUACGACAAGCUGGAGGAUGGCAGCACCAAGAUGAAGCCACUGAUGGGCGUGAUUUACGUGCCUUUAACAGACAAAGACAAGCAGUGGUCAAGGGAUGAACUUUGAAAGGAUGGUCCGGCAAUACUCAUCACACUACAUGCGCGCACACACACACACACACACACACACAAAUGGACUACACCGAGGAGAGCUUGUAUAAAUGCUCUAUAUUCAUACCUGUGACGGUCAUGAAAGACGGAAGCGUUGAAUAUUUUAUUUAAAAAGGUGGAGUCGGGCUGAAGACGUCACGCCUGCAGUUUGAGAAUUGUGUGAAUGCAGUUUUUUGUUCUUCUCUCUCUCUUAUUGACGCGCAGGUGCAUCAUUUUUUUCUUGUGAUCACUUCAGUAUUACAGUCAGUGGGAUUGUUCAUGCAUCUCAGCUUGUAAACAGAACACCGGAUCGGCCCUUGUGCUGAAUCCAGCCUGUUAUUAAAACAUAACUCACCGCUGCAUCAUGUGUAGGGAUCUCUUCUGCUCUGCAGGUCUGUGUUCAGAGAAACGGCUCGUGUUUUCAGCUGGAGCAUGUGCUGCUGGAGUAUUGGGUAAAGAUGCUGUGAGAGAUGUGUUAGAACAGGGGUGCUCAAUCCUGUUCCUGGAGAUCUACCUUCCUGCAGAUUUCAGUUGCUACCCGUAUCAAACACACCUGCCUGUAAUUAUCACGUGGUGUUCAGGUCCUAAUUAAUUGGUUCAGGUGUGUUUGAUAUGGGUAGCAACUGAAAUCUGCAGGAAGGUGGCUCUCCAGGAACAGGGUUGAGCACCCCUGUGUUAGAAUGAUUCUUUUCCAGUGCUUAUCCCUGCUGAAAAACCCAGCUUAAACCAGCCUAGGCUGGUUGGCUGGUUUUAGCUGGUUGACCAGGCUGGUUUUAGAGGGGUUUUGGCCAUUUCCAGGCUGUUUUUCCAUUUUCUGGGAAAAUGACCAGCCAAAACCAGCUUGACCAGCCUGGUUUAAGCUGGAUAUAGCUGGUUUUGGCUGGACUCCCAGCUUGGCUAGCCUGAUCAAGCUGGUUUUAGCUGGUCAUCUCCCAGCCUGACCAGCUAAGACCAGGCUGGAAACCAGCCUGGAAAUGGCCAAAACCCCUCUAAAACCAGCCAACCAGCCUAGGCUGGUUUAAGCUGGAUUUUUCAGCAGGGAUGGGAUGCUCUUAAAGUACAGGUGUCAAACUCAGUUCCUGGAGGGCCGCAGCUCUGCACAGUUUAGUUCCAACCCUAAUUAAACACACCUGAUCAAACUAAUUGAGUCCUUCAGGCUUGUUUGAAACCUACAGGUAAGUGUGUUGGAGCAGGGUUGGAACUAAACUGUGCAGGGCUUCGGCCCUCCAGGAAUUGAGUUUGACACCCCUGUCUUAAAGUAAACCUCCUUAAGGGGUUAGUUUCACCCAAAAAUGAAGAUUUACACCCUAUGAGGCAUGGGCCGGUAUAAGAUUCUGAUAGUAUGAUAACCUUGGAUUAAAAUAUCACAGUAUUGCGAUUACUGCUCUAAAAUAAGUUCUGUUGAAAUGUAAACCCUGCUUAAAAAUCCAGCUUAAACCAGCCUGGGCUGGUUGGCUGGUUUUAGCUGGUCAACCAGGCUGGUUUUAGAGGGGUUUUGGCCAUUUCCAGGCUGGUUUCCAGCCAUUUCCAUUCCCAUUUCUGGGAGCCCAGCCAAAACCAGCUAUGUCCAGCUUAAACCAGGCUGGUCAAGCUGGUUUUAGCUGGAUUUAGCUGGUCAUUUUCCAGCCUGACCAGCUAAGACCAGGCUGGAAAUGGCUGAAACCAGCCUGGAAGUGGCCAAAACCCCUCUAAAACCAGCCUGGUUGACCAGCUAAAACCAGCCAACCAGCCUAGGCUGGUUUAAGCUGGAUUUUGUAGCAGGGAAACAACAACUUUACAUUUAUUUGGUUAAACACUACUUUUCUAAGGUACUUUUAUCAAAAUAGAAAAUUUGGAUUGGUAAAUCUUCAAGCUUUGAUCUAAUUGUUUUUUUUUUUCAAACUAAUACCUCUUAAUUACCUCUUAAAUCUCUAAGAAGCGCAAAGGGAAAAUUAUUUUUUGAGAAAUAAAUAUAAAUUUUGCUAACAAAAACAAAGAACUGCAAAGGGAAAAUCAAGCGGAGCAAAAAACGACACUAUUUCACUCCUCUUUAAUGUGUUUCUCAUCACAAGCUUGUCUCUUAUCUAAAACAGCAGCAAGUCCCACACAGACCCGCACUCGCGUACAGGACUGCGCUGAACCUCCAGCGCUGGUUUUCUGAUUGUAAGCAGUUUUCAAUGGCAAUUCUCUGUGCAUGUUUGUGUGUUUCCCGCACGCACAAACGGCUUUCAACCAAUAAACUCACUGCUAAGCAAUGA